GGGCACCGUAUGCAUGGGACAGGAUGCUUCCAUGGAGUCCUUUAGCAGCAGAGUCGGAAUCUUUCAGUGCAAAAUAUGUCUCCUAUUCCUAGGUGCUGGUUUGGGGUUGAAGGUUACAGUGCCAUCACACACUGUUCAUGGUGUCAGAGGACAGGCCCUCUACCUUCCCGUGAACUAUGGCUUCCACACUCCAGCAUCUGACAUCCAGAUCAUAUGGCUCUUUGAAAGACCUCACACGAUGCCCAAAUACUUGCUGGGCUCUGUGAAUGAGUCUGUGGUUCCGGACUUGGAAUACCAGCACAAGUUCACCAUGAUGCCACCCAAUGCUUCUCUGCUCAUCAACCCACUGCAGUUCACAGACGAGGGUAAUUACAUCGUGAAGGUCAACAUCCAGGGAAAUGGAACUCUUUCCUCAAGUCAGAAGAUACAAGUCACUGUUGAUGAUCCUGUCACAAAGCCAGUGGUGCAGGCUCAUCCUGCUUCUGGGGCUGUGGAGUAUGUGGGCAACAUGACCUUGACGUGCCAGGUGGAAGGGGGCACCAGGCUGGUUUACCAAUGGCUAAAAAAUGGAAAGCCUGUUCACAUCAGCUCCACAUAUUCCUUUUCUCCCCUAAACAACACCCUUUGGAUUGCUCCAGUGACAAAGGAAGACAUUGGGAAUUACAGCUGCCUGGCAAAGAACCCUGUCAGUGAGAUGGAAAGUGACAUCAUUAUGCCCACUAUAUAUUAUGGACCUUAUGGACUUCAAGUUAAUUCUGAUAAAGGGUUAAAAGUAGGGGAAGUGUUUACUGUUGACCUUGGAGAAGCCGUCCUGUUCAACUGUUCUGCUGAUUCUUAUCCCCCCAACACCUACUCUUGGAUCCAGAAAUCUGACAAUACAACAUAUGUCAUUAAGCACGGGCCUCACUUGGAAGUUGCAUCUGAGAAAGUAGCCCAGAAGACCGCCGACUACAUGUGCUGUGCUUACAACAACAUAACUGGGAGACGAGAUGAAACUCGCUUCACAGUCAUCAUCACUUCCAUAGGACUGGAGAAGCUUGCACAAAAAGGGAAAUCACUGUCUCCAUUAGCAAGUAUAACAGGAAUAUCACUAUUCUUGAUUCUAUCCAUGUGUCUACUCUUCCUAUGGAAAAAAUACCAACCUCACAAAGUUAUAAAACAGAAGCUAGAGGGCAGGCCAGAAACAGAAUACAGGAAAACUCAAACAUUUUCAGGGCAUGAAGACGCUCUCGAUGACUUCGGAAUAUAUGAAUUUGUUGCUUUUCCAGAUGUUCCCAGUGUUCCCAGGAUGUCAAGUAGGACUGCUCCGGCUUCUGAUGGGGUAUCAGGGCAAGAUUUGCACUGUACAAUCUAUGAAGUUAUACAGCACAUCCCAGCCCAACAGCAAGAUGACCCAGAGUGAAAUCUUAUGGGCAAAGUAGUGCACUGAAGUGAAAUAAUGAAGAAACAUUUUGAGGAAAAACAUCUGAGACCAGUGAAGAAGACAAGACCCAACACCACUUACUCGUUACUUCUUUUAUGUGCACAAUAGAGGAAUUUAUAUAAAUUGAACAGGGUUUUUUGGCAUAUGCACAAGGUGUUGUGUGACAGAGGAGAGUGAUGGGGAAAUAUUCCUCAGUGGAUACUGUUUAUCAUGUGCCCCAGCAGGAAAAAAACAGUGAAGUUUCCCAUUCACUCUGUAUAUGAAAAACUUCCCCAAGGCUAAACUUAUGCUGACCUGUACUUUCAUUUUCAUUAUAUUGCCACUGUCCUGUUUUUCCUGAAAAUAUGGAAAUUUGUAAAUUUUUUC